AUGCUGACUCGCCGACAAGCAUCCCAUGAAAAGGGACAUCAUCCCACGAAUAUUGAUGUCGAGGGUGGAGACGAGGACGAGUAUAUGCUCGAGACGAAUGCGACGACCACCAGAGCCACCCGUCAAGUCUGCCCAUAUGGCUGUGGUCGUUUGGUCGCACCCAGGACUGUUGAGAUACAUCGUACACAAGGGUGCCGAGGUCUUCAUGAAGAACCUUUUGGCGAAGCGGAUCGGCGCCGUAAUUAUUUGUGCGGUGUAUGCUGUAUGGAAUUUCACACGCGUCGUGGCUUCAUGGAUCACAUGAACGACGAGCACGAUGUUGCGGCUCGCAUUCACGUGCUAGAUUUCCCCAAUCGAGAAAUGUUUGAGCGAUUUUUCCACUGGCUGGAAGUGCAAGGCGGCGCCAAUUUCCGCACACGCUCCGGUGCCAAGAAGCAGCUUACGGGGAAACGAGCCAUGAUGUUCCGUUGCAAUCGUACCGGUUUUGUCGAGUCGCAAAGUGCAGCUGAGCGACGUAACAAGGAAAAGCUGGGCCCAGUGCGUUGUGGAUACACUUGUACCGCCUACGUGCAAGUCACUUUCCACGAAGAAGGACACUGCACCGCGACCUUUUGUGGUGAUCACUACGGGCACGACGCUCGUCUUCGUGUACCAAUCGCCAUAAAGCACCUCAUCGGAAGAUACGUCUUCGAUCAAGAUAUGAAUUUUGGCGAUAUCGUCCGUCUGCUGCAUUAUAAGUUUUCUCCACUCUGCCACGAAAAUGUGCUUGCACAGCGGAUUUGUAUGAUUGACAAUGAUGAGAUCCGGACCAUCGUGCUAGCAUUGAAAAAACAAGUUGAACAUGGAACGCCGUUACCGGAAACUGAAGAGGUCUGGGAUGAGGAACUCCUGGAUAAGGCGCAAAUCGAACGGCCUUGGAUCACGGCUCGAAACCUGGCGCCUAACGAUAAGACUACUGACGAAUUGGCUCGAGAAUACGAUUGGCCUGUUCCGUCCAUGUUCGUCGCAAAGCAAAAAGCAGCGGACGGGGAGUAUCGGCCAGUUGUGCAUAUGCUGCUCGGAAAAGAAAUGCAAGCAAGAGCUAGCGGAGCAGAUGAAGACGACGACGAUGACGACCCUCGCGGUCUGGCCCCUGAAGAGAAGGUGAUCUAUCAGCAGGAUGGUACCGAAUACCAGAUCAUUCCAGAAGUUGAUGAUGCUGAGCGCGUUGACUAUGUGGAAUCGAUCAAUGUGGAAGAGGUUGUCGGUAGCGUUGCUGAAGGAAAACUUGGCGCCGACUUACUGCAUCGACCCUAUCCGAGCCCACUGUUACGCCGGGGUCGACAACGGCCACAGAAUUCCCGUGUGCUGUCUCCACGUCGCAGUACACUCACGCGGCUCGUACUUUCUGAGGCGAACUAUGUGAAGACGCUUGUGGCGGCCAAUGUGAACUACCAGGGGGAGCAGGAGCUCGUUUUGUGGAUCAACAAGCUCAAGAAUUUGAGAAGGGAGCUCAAUGACCUCAGCAAGCGUGAAGGACGCUCGCUUCAAGCACCCGCCGACGCCUAUUUUGAUAAUGCGGCGAACGAAGAGCUGUUGCGCAUGGAUCGUAAGGUCAGCAACGAGAUCGUGGGGUCCAUUUCGGACGACGAGGAAAUGCUGAAUUUUGGAACUGAAACGGUGUGC